AUGGUCGAUCACGGGCUCCCUACGACAGCAACCCUCAAUUUCGUGGCGCGCGGUAAAAUCCUAGAUAGUACGGUAUGCUGGACCCAGACCAACACUCAACUCCACAGCCGCACUCCGGCUCGGCGANNNNCGUUGACAGUCACUAUGAAUAUGAUGACAUCCCCGAGAAUGGUAGAUGAGAGCGACAAUGAAGAAGUCUCAGUAGAUGAUCUUGUCGUGUCAAUGACAUGUACACCAACAUCUGAGCGCGAUAUGUAUGCCGAAGAUGUGAAGGGCAAGGCUAGUGGGAGUGUUUUGGACACGAGAGAAGAGUUGAUCAAAGAGGAAGGCUCUUCUGCUGGUGGUUCAACAGGCUUCCUAUCGCCUGGUUCGGCUGGCACAGCAACUAUUGCCGUCAUAAAGGCAACUCUGGGAGCUGCGGCUCUUUCGUGUACUUAUGCGAUGGUCAAUGGUGGUUUUAUCUUCGGCAUCCUUCUACUAAUCAUGAUGGCUGUGUUGAUGGUGUUUUCAUUAGAAAUGAUUGUUACUGCAAUCGAAGUUACUGGUAGAACUUCCUAUGCAGCACUCGUGCCUUAUUUAUUCAGUAACGCGAUUGGUUAUUGGUUCCAAGCCCCUAUUAUGAUCUUUUGCAUUGGGGGAGGGAGUAGUUAUCUCAUCACAGUAACAGAUAUCUUAUCUUCCCUCUUCGCUGCUGUAGUGGGACCGGACGAUACCUGUUUUGGUGUUAAUCCUGUAUCCCAUCUCUCUAGUGAGAAGGAUGAGCUCGUUAAGAUACUUAACUCUGGUGUCCAUUUUCGGUAUUUUCUAUUUGGGUUUCAUUUUGCCAACGGCAGUGUAAACUUCUACGCUCCUACCGGUUGGGUCUCCUGUCUAGGAGCUGCUAACACUUUCAUCUUCGCCUUCUGUAAUCAGUGUAACAUUCCUGAUAUUUAUAUGGAGAUGAGCGAUAGAAGUCCAAGAAAGUUUCGUAUUGUUGCGGCUUGGGCAUCUUCUGUUUGCCUCCUCGUUUAUCUACNNNNACUCUCGGCCGGUAGUAGUAUUAGCAUUGUUAUUUCCACUUGA